UGCCACCGCCACCGCCGCCGCCGCUCCUGAGCGCAUGCCUUCUUCGGCCCCAGCGAAGCCCCUCGCCGCCGGGCCGGACGGAGGGGGACGCUGCUGGCCAGGCUGCGCUUUGCUGCAACCACGUGUCCUUCGCAGCCUGCCUGUCACACCACAACAAGGAAGCCUGCGGGGGAAUCUUCUUCUCCCUUUGGAUCGCCCUGGGGGAAGCCGCCACUUUCCCGGGCCAGGCUGUUUGCAGCAAUGGAAGAAAAUAGCUUGGGCACCUUGCAACAGAGGGCAGCUGAGCUGGAGUGCAUGGCUGAGGUUCUUCUGACAGGGGAACAGCUACGGCUCAGGCUACAUGAAGAAAAAAUUAUUAAGGACCGAAGACACCACCUGAAGACUUACCCGAACUGUUUCGUUGCCAAAGAAUUGAUUGACUGGCUGAUUGAUCACAAAGAGGCCUCUGACAGGGAGACAGCAAUUAAACUGGUGCAGAAGCUGCUGGAUCGUAGCAUUAUUCAUCACGUGUGUGAUGAGCAUAAGGAAUUCAAGGAUCUCAAACUUUUCUACCGCUUUAGGAAAGACGAUGGGACUUUCCCACUUGACAAUGAAGUGAAGGCUUUCAUGAGAGGACAGAGAAUAUAUGAAAAGCUUAUGAAUACUGAAAAUGUUAUUUUACAAGCCAGAGAAGAAGAAGGAGCAAAAUAUGAGCGUACUUUCAUGGCCUCGCAGCUAAUUGACUGGUUGAUCCAGGAAGGAGAAGCUGCCACAAGAGCUGAGGCUGAACAACUCGGUCGCAGACUUCUGGAGCACGGAAUUAUCCAACACGUAUCCAACAAACAACAUUUUGUGGAUAGCAACCUGCUCUAUCAGUUCCGGAUGAAUUUCCGCCGCAGAAGGAGAUUGAUGGAACUGCUCACCGAGAAGUCCCGUUUGGUGCCAGAGAGCCACGACAGUCCUUUUUGCCUGCGGAAGCAAAAUCACGACCACAAAAAACACGCCAGUUUCCUUUCAGUGAGCCCCAGCAAGGAGAUCAAGAUUGUCUCUGCAGUCCGACGGAGUAGCAUGAGCAGCUGUGGUAGCAGCGGGUACUUCAGCAGCAGCCCGACCCUUGGCAGCAGCCCACCUGUCCUCUGCAAUCCGAAAUCUGUACUAAAAAGAGCAGUGAGUCCUGAGGAACUUCUGCGGCCCGGGGCUCCCUAUGCCCGGAAAACAUUCACUAUCAUAGGUGAUGCUGUUGGGUGGGGAUUUGUGGUCCGAGGGAGCAAGCCCUGCCACGUGCAAGCCGUGGAUCCCAGUGGGCCAGCAGCUGCAUCGGGAAUGAAGGUUUGUCAGUUUGUGAUUUCAGUGAACGGACUCAACGUUCUCCAUGCAGAUUACAGGACUGUAAGCAACCUCAUCUUAACUGGUCCUCGGACGAUCGUCAUGGAAGUGAUGGAAGAAAUUGAGCCCUGAGGCGGAAUGCUUGACGUGAUGCUCCACUAUUGUGGAUUCAGCCCCUGUCCAAACACAAGCAACAUUCUACAAGGGGACAAAAACAUACUUUUUUCUCAGAGAUCAAUUUUGCCUUCUAAGUACUUUCCUCUCCUCUUUAGUAAUAGGGUUUUUCAAUGGAUGUAGUCUAAGACCAUGGGUACGCAUUGGCGAGUCUAAACUAGGGAAGCACAAAUCAGCUUGUACUACACAAAGGAACUGUUGCAUAUCCAAGUCAUGGCAAGCGUAGACGGUCAAUCUUACAGAUGGACAAGAUCCGAUGCAGCUGUGAAAUCUCUUAACUAGGAAUCAUGUUUGUGCCAAUCUCUUCAACAUUGUCUUGUUUUCUUUUUAAUUCAUGCUUUCAUUUGUGAUUGUAUAGAACGAGCCCAGUUUUUCCAGUGCAUCGUCUCCAGACAUAUUAUGACCCACAACAUCUAGAAUUCCUAGCCAGCAGAAACAACAACUGAAUUGGCUGAGAAUUCAAGAAGCCGAUGUCCUAUUUGUUUGGAGCAGGCCCAGAUACUAGCUUUGAUUUUAAAGAUCUGGUAAUAAUUUCAGUUCAAAUGUACAGCUGGACGUAAACUAAGGUUUGUUACAAAUUUGGUACCAAGGAAGAUCCAUUCUACUUCUUGGACAAGUUAUGGAACAGGAAGCAUGUGGAUCCUUUAAACAUGCCAGCUUUGCAUAUUUAUGUCUGGUCUGUAACUUGGCUAAUCUUGAAAAGCUAAACCAGUCAGAUCUGGUUAGUCCUUUAAUAGAAGAUCACUAAUAAAUCCUGGGUCUAAGUUUUAGACUGGGAAGUUGAGAAACUGUCUCAAAAGAAAAUGAUGGUAAAUUGCUUUAAUAUUGUUGCCAACAAAUUGACAUGGUUGCAUCCCUGUAAACUUAUCAGGCUCAAGCUCAAUUCAAGGGAAUCUUUAUCUUUUUAUCUCUGAAGAUGGAGAAGAAACGUUAUCAGUUACAAACUUGCAUCACUUUGAUGAAAAUCUCACUUAAGAAUAG